UUUAUGCCACUUGGUAACUAUGGAGCAGUGAGAGGCAUUUUCCGCGAGGGAAGAAAAGAAAAACAGUUACAUUGUUGCGCUCGCGAAAAGCACACACGCAGCCAACUCACGCUGUCCCAGGGAACUUCGAGAUAUCCCUCCGCACAUUCCACAGACGAAAGGCACGGCACGACAAAUUAGGCCUUAGGGUUGGAAAAAUGACACAGAAAAUAUGUAAGGUCUUCGAGCCAUUUACAUGUUUUUAGGUUUCCGUUUAUUUAAACAUUGUUUUAAGUCGAAUAAACGUCACUUAUUCGAUUCUUCGUCACAUGUGUAAUAAAAACAUUUUACGGUGUUCUAAAUAGAAAAGAAACAAUUUUAUUCAUGACUGCAUUUUACUUUCUUUUGAGUUUGUCUCAUUUAAUCCCUUUGUCUCAGAUAAUUCCCUUAAUUAUUCAAAAUUAACUAAACCGCGCGUCGUUAGACUAACAUAAUAUAUGUGUCUUUUUCAUUUAAGAGAUUUCAAAAAAGUGUGGGAUUAUGUCAAGGUUGUUUGUGUAAGUCCAAACCGUAGGCUGAACCAAUGGGCACAGUCUGUUUAAAGAAGUUAGGCUGUGUGACGAAAUAGUGGGAUGCUAUUCAUGCGCGCUGCCCGGGGGAAAGGUGUUCCGGUCGGGGAAAAAAAGCCACAGAGGAAGAAGAAAGGGGGAGGAAGGAAAAAAUUCGGAAAGAAAGAAACUCUACGUUGAACAUUUUAGCACAGUUUUCCGGCGUAGGGUGCGCAGUGCGUGUUUAUCUAUGCGAAUAUGUUUGGGUGAGCGAUACGCGAACUUCCUCUCUUUCGACUCGCUGCAGUGGGAUUUUUUUAUUGUUACGCGCUUUUGAAGACUUCCACUUUUUGGGAAUAAUGGUCAUUUUCUUUCAAACUGGACUGGACAAAGCGGAAAUUCUACGGGACAACAAGAGGCUUUGAUAUGCCUUGUACUUUUUUGGCUGAGGAAUAAACGCUAUUGAGUUGGCGGAUACGGACGACUCAUUUAUCCGCACAGAGAAACGUUUUCAACUUGCCUUUUUGAAAGCCGCUAGUUGAGGCAGGAAGGGGCCGCGGUGUAUCCAUAACCAGUGUGUUUAACUCCAAUACAAUCAAAGGAAACCGCGCUGGAAAUUUAUUCAGCAUUUAAACUCUAUUGUUCUUUUUUAAACAACCGGCAGUGCCGUUUAGAUAAAUCCACAGAGACAAAAACCAAGUGGUAAUUACAAGACUUGCAAGUGGUUCCGACAACAGUGUUAGUGGAUCAGUGUUGCGGAUGUGACUGCGAGACUCGUCGUUUGAAUGGAUCAGUUCUGCGCGAGUCUGGGACGAGAAUUAAAGACUCUUUGAAGCCUGACGGUAGUUCCCACACGUUAAUUUGCUCACCGCCGAAGACAAGGCCACAAGUAGCUGCAAAAAAGGAUCGCAAACAAAUGGAUCAACAUGCUUCUGUUCACACGCAUGUCCAGCAAAUUCAUCACAAGCAAACAGUUUGGAAACAAACUGCUUGUUUUCAAGUCUAACUAGUACGACAUGUAGCCUGCAGAAAAUGUCAUAGUGUUUUUAUUUAUCUUCAAAGUUAAAUAUUUAUUUUUGUAGCUCAUCAGAAAGUAUUAGUUUUUAACAUUUCUGUUUUUUUUUUGUUUUUUUGUGGAUUUGUUUUUUUUAUUAUUGUUUUGUUAUUGACUUAUUUUUGUCACAUAUCUUUUGGUCUGUUAUCUCAUCUGCUGUUGAAACACUUGAAUGAUGUUUGUGUCCACACUGUAUUUCACUGUAUUUAUGUAGUACACUAUUUAAACUGUAGUCGUUUUCAGGUGGCAUCUAAGAGAAAUUCAAUUUGUACUUUAUAUUUUAUAUUGUAGUUGAGCUUGUAUUAAAACACAAUGGAUCGACUUAGCAGCAAACUGAAGCAAAAGCUCAAACUGAGUGAAUCUGGAAGUGUCAAAUUCAGCAAAAAGAAAAAUGACUUGGCCAAUGCAAAUAACAACAGUAAUAGCAACAAUGCCAAUAUUGGAACCGGGACACAGAUCAACGUACCCGUGAGCACGUCUCAGUUCCCUCUCUCCUGCUCCACCUCCGUAGAGGCGUGUGGACAGUCAGCCGGAAGACCUGGCAAAGUGGCCACUUCUCAGAGAAUCGCACCCUCAAAUACCACCUCGGCUGCGGUACCUGAGGAUUGCGGGCCUGGGAUCGAACAUCACCCGUCUACUCUUGCCCCUCUUCGGCGCCGGUCGCCCCAGCAACGAGCAUCGUGCUACUUGCCUGAAACGGUGGAGGGCCGCAGUAUGUGUGACCAGUUGAGACGAGGCGACUCGGCCAGAUGCGAAGGUGACCCGCUGGGGGCAUACAGCCCGAAUUCUCGUGUGGCCUUGAAGCAGCGCCGUUAUUCUCUGGAGCUCCAGCAGCUCGUUCGCCGCCAACAGCUUCUCUCCCAGCCUCCUCCAUUGUCGUCUGUACCACCUCCAUACCCGACACACAGCUCGGCUCCCCGUUCAUCCGCCGUGGAGCCCAGCUUCCUCCACGACUUAGAGCGUCAUAAGCGCUUGUCCCUGCAGGAAGCUCUGUUCUACAAGCGUUUGAGUUCGGGUGGCGAACCCUGGGACAGUGGACGCCCUGCUUCCCUCUCUCAUCCACCGCAGAGGACCCAUGACAGCGGUGUAGGGGGUUUCUUCUUCCCCCCUGCACCAGCGUUGAGCCCCUGCUCUUCUUUCAGCUUACAAGAGUCCGUGCUGGCAAGCCCUCGCUCCAGUUUUGCAAGCAGUACCGCAAGUGGAGGAGGCGGUGGUGGCGGGAGUCCCAUGGGAAGUCGGUGCAGUAGUAACCGGACGAGCGGCAUCAGUUUGGGCUACGACACCCGCCAUACACCUGGACCCCCCCAGCAGCUGCAGCUCUCCUUGACCCAACUUGGUGGCGCCACCUCGGGUCAGGCGUACUCUGUACUGGUAUCAGGGAAAACAGGAGUGCCCCCUGUGGAGGUUUGGAGGGACUGUCUCGAAGCGGUUUCGGGAGGAAGCGCGCAAGACAGCCGUCACUCGUAUCCACCUGCGCUGAGCACGCACACUGCAACCUUCCACCGAGCAGAACCAGAAUGGGGUCCCAUUGACCAGCGGGGAUCAAGAGGUGAUGACGUGGGUGAGAGGGCACGACACUCCGACUUGCCAGGAACCCGCUACCAUCAGGAGGUCACCCGCCUGCUAUUGAGAGAUGCUGCCCUGGAAGGAGAAGCGUUACUUGGGGGUUUGACGUUAAAAGAACAACCUGUGUCUACCACCAUUCAAGCCAGCUCUGCAUCUACUCCAGCCACGGCUGGAAUUCCAGGGAAAUCCCUGGAAGAACAGUCAGCUGGAAGGGAGUCGUCGAUAUCUGCGGACAGACAGGAGUACUUCGGUACGUGUGUGAAAUGUGGUAAAGGCGUAUAUGGUGCAGAUAAUGCUUGCCAGGCUCUGGACAGCCUGUAUCACACCCGCUGCUUCACAUGCGUUUCCUGUGGUCGAACUCUCCGAAACAAGGACUUUUACAAUGUCAAUGGCUCGGUUUACUGUAAGGAGGAUUACAUGUUCUCAGGCUUCCAGGAGGCAGCAGAGAAGUGCAGUGUUUGUGGUCACCUCAUCUUGGAGCAGAUUCUGCAGGCUCUAGGGAACUCAUAUCACCCAGGAUGUUUCCGCUGUACGGUCUGCUCAAAGGCUUUGGACGGAGUGCCAUUCACAGUAGACUACCUCAACAACGUCUACUGCGUCUCUGACUACAACAGGACAUUUGCUCCCAAAUGCGCUGCCUGUUUACAACCCAUCUUACCUGCUGAGGGCAGUGAGGAGAUCCUCAGGGUGGUGUCAAUGAACAAAGAUUAUCACUUUGAGUGUUAUCACUGUGAGGAGUGUGGGAAGCAGCUGUCUGAUGAGCCUGGAUCUCAGUGCUUCCCUCUGGAUUCCCACCUCCUCUGCCACUCUUGCCACAUGACCAGGCUCUAUUUUUGAAGAUAGCGAGAGGGGAGGAAACACUCUCCUACUGAGACUUGAGGUCAUAGUACAUUUCAAAUGCAAAUCCCAGGACUGGUAAACUAUAUCACCCCCUAGUGGCUGGGAAAUGCAGCAACUGAAUCCUGCUGAACAAAAUAUUUCUAUACAAGUUCUCUGUUUAAGAUUAUUGUCACCUGCUUACUUCAUUAUUAGGGGGAGUUGAAAUAUCACAGAACACUGUUUUACUCCCAUAUCUACUGUUUGCUGUAGGGAAAGAACAAGGGAUUUUUUUGCUUAACAUUUUUCUAUAUUUAAUAUCACUAGCAAAAAUUUUGCACUUAAACAUGUUUACCUAUUAAGAGAUUUUUUUUUUUUUAAUAAAGUGAUUGCAAAGGAUUAAAAACAUUCCUGUAUCUGUUUUAAUUAAUAAAUCUCUCUGUGUAUGAAUGAGUGUUAUUUUCUUGUGCAUAUCACGCAUCCAAAAAUUCAGAGAAUUAAAAAACUGAUGACAAUUAUUAAUGAGAAGGCUCCUAUACACAUGGUUUUUCCAGUCACUCAUCAUUAAUGGGUUUUAAAUCUUUUUCUAGCGCUUUCUGGGUAAUUUCUCAAUUGUGUGCUAUUGGUCUGAAUGACUAGAUUUAAACAAUUAUGUUUAGUUUAGAAAUGACUCAAAAGACUGACAUUUCACACUGGUUUGUAUUCAAUUUUAAGCCUGUGAAAACACUCAAAAGAACUAUAGGAAACAAUAUUUACAAUGUUAUAUGAACAAUAUUUCAAAGCAAAACUAAAAAUCAGUCUGAAAAAAAAAAAUUAGUUGACAAGCUGUAAUGAAAAUAUCCAAACAUCAUUUUUAGAAAAUAUCUUUUCCACACCUGGACCUGUAAAUGUCACUGCUGACUAUCAAUUCAUAGUGUAGCAUUCACUCCAACUGCUGCUAGUUAUCGCAACAAUUAUUCUUGGCAUUAAUGCAAAAAACUUCAAUACACAUCAAAAAAGCAAACAAAAUUUCCUUCCAUUUUUUUAUUAUUAUUCUUUGUACAUUCUGCACAUUCAUAAAGAAAAUAAUCCAAAAAGAGAAUCUUUAGCAAUUUAUCUUCAAAACUAAAACAUUAAAAUAAUAUUAAAAGGCCUCUUGCUAUCUUCUCUACAAAGGUUAAAUUUAUACCUUGUCUGAUUCACAGAGAUGAACAGUACAUGACUUCAUAAGACCAGGGAAAGAAGAUAACGGACGACGGUGGAGGUGAGAAUCUAACAAAUGAAUCUACAGUGUGGUUCAUUGCAUUGGACAUCAGUAGUUACUUUAAUAAACUCGGACCUUAUGAAAAAACUUCAGUGAGAUCAGCGUCGACAGCAUGACUGGUUCUGUUAACUCACAAUAGUGGCCGAAACAUGGAUGGGGGACAUUUUAUUCCAUCCAUUUGGAAAUAUAUUAAUUGAAUCUGGAUACAGAAUUUCAAGUCCCAUAAUUAUACACUGAUUUAACUACCUUCUAGACUAAAGUGGCACUAGUUAAACUAUAAAUAAAAAUACAAGCGAGGACUCUGGGGUGGAGCGAAGGAAAAUAUGAUUCGUAUAGUCUCUUGACUUUGGUGUUUGUGAGCUUUAGACAGCACACUGGUACACAAACCUAAUUAGUUUUUUUUUUUUUUUUUUUUUU